CAGCACGACGUUGCUGCUGAAGCUCCCGCUGCUCCUGCCGAAUCGGAAUCCGAACCUUCUGCUCCUGCCGCCGUUUCUGUUGCUGAGCAACCAGAAACUGAACAGGCUUCCAUUGAAAACCCAACUGAGCAGAAGACCAUUGCUGAGCAAAACCAGGUUCAAGUCCAAGCUCCCAAUGCUGAACCUGCGCCAGCCCCAGCCAGUGCUCUCGAAGGAGGACGUGAGGUGUCCAAGAAGAUCUUGUAUGUUGGAGGCUUGCACAAGUCUGUUACUGACGACAUGUUGAAGGACUUGUUCUCUGUAGCAGGCGGUAUCAAGUCGGUGAAGAUCUUGAAUGAUAAGAAUAAGCCUGGAUUCAACUAUGCCUUCAUUGAAUUUGACACUAAUCAGGCUGCUGAUAUGGCUUUGCAUACAUUGAAUGGCCGUAUCAUCAACAAUUCUGAGAUCAAGAUAAAUUGGGCUUUCCAAUCUUCGACGAUCAACACGGCUGCUCACCCUGACGAACCUACUUUUAACAUUUUUGUCGGAGAUUUAUCGCCGGAAGUUGACGACGAAACGUUGACAAGGGCCUUUUCCAAGUUCCAGACGUUGAAGCAGGCCCAUGUUAUGUGGGACAUGCAAACGUCAAGAUCCCGUGGCUAUGGGUUUGUAACUUUUGGAACGCAGGCCGAUGCCGAGUUAGCCUUACAGACCAUGAACGGUGAGUGGAUUAACGGUAGAGCCAUCAGAUGUAACUGGGCUUCUCACAAGCAGAUGAACGGUAACAACGGAGGCAACUACCGUAACAACCGUCAUCUCCAUCACCACAAUAAUAACAAUAAUAACAAUAGUAACCGUGGCCAGUUUAGACCAUUCAACACCAACGGCAUACCUCAACAGCAGAUGGGCAAUGCCAACGGAGGUUUGAGCAACGGCCAGUUCCAGCCGCAGGGAGGUAUUCCACAAAACUUACAGCCUAAUGCUCCUGGCGGAGCUAACGGUAGCGGCGCUUCUGGUCAAGCCAAUAUCCCCGUAAUGUCUCCCCAAUCGUACGACAUUGUUUUGAGACAGACUCCCUCUUGGCAAACCACAGUGUAUUUGGGUAAUAUCGCCCAUUUCACCCAGCAGAACGAGUUGAUUCCAUUAUUACAAAACUUUGGCUUCAUUGUAGAUUUCAAGUUCCAUCCGGAAAGAGGUUGCGCCUUUGUUAAGUACGACUCGCAUGAACGUGCCGCUUUGGCCAUUGUGCAAUUGGCUGGUUUCACCGUCAAUGGCAGACCGUUGAAGUGUGGCUGGGGGAAGGAUAGACCUCCUAUGGGCCAGUUCCAGAACUUCGGCCGCGGCGUACCUCCUCCUCCAAUGUAUGGUCAGGGAAGACCAUAA